AUGGUUCGAACGAAAGCCCACGCGAAUAGCGCCCUCUCCGGCGCAAAGAAGACGCACAAAGGCUACAACUAUGUGCAGAAGACGAUGCACGGCCUCGCGACGCUGUGCGCGAUCGGAUCCCUGAUCGCCUCAGCCAUCUGCGCUCACAAGGCGCACAAAUACCGUGGCGACGACGACGACGAUGACGACGACGGAGGCCACUACAAGAUGGCGCGCAACGUCUCCAUUGCCGCCGCCGUUUGGUCAGGCCUCACGAUCCUGCAGCAGGGCGGACAGGGUGGAGACCAGUGGAAGCACGCCACCAAGGUCGCCAAGCUCCGCAAGCUGAGGAGGAACAACAACGAGGACCAGCGCGGCCUCAACGCUGGCGGCGCCGCCGACUACGGAUACGCCGAAAACCGCCGACGACAGCUCAUCCACCUCGCCAUCCAGGCUGCGGUCAUUAUCUUCGGCAUUGUCGUGCUUGCCAUCUGGGCCAACCCUCUUAUGAAGCGCACGUACCGCAAUGCGUCGUUCAUCUCGUCCCUCAAGGCUUGGGGUAUUCUUGGCUGGAUCGCUCUUGGGCUCCUCAUCCUCGGCCUCCUCAUCGCCCUCCUCAUGCUGUUCACGAAGAAGCGGCACACUGUCGACAACGCCGGAUAUGACAACGCAGCCUAUGGUGACACGGCUUAUACCGGCACCACGGCCACUACCGGCAACGUAACUCACACCGGCCCCAUGGCUCAUUCCGGUAACAUGGCUCAUACCGGCAACGCAGCUUACACCGGCAACACAGCUUACACCGGCAGCACGGUCCCUAUCGGUAACACGGCCAAUGUGGGCAACCAGGCCCCUGUCGCUAACCAGGCCACCUACGGAACGCAGCCGCAGAUGACGUCCGUGUAA